UGAGCUCACGGCGCAUGCUCACUGCUGCCUCAAUUUUGGUCGGUGUAAAAAAAAAACCUGAGGCUGCGAGCGGAGCACCUGUCCUGGCGCGGGCCUCCCAGCAGCAGGAGGAGGAGAAGGAGGAGGGGCCUUGAGGUUUACCUGUGGUUACAGCAUGGAACCUGGAGUUCUUCCUUUGCCCUCCUAUCCUGCCUCAAGGUUCCUCUAGGGUCUUCUCCAUCCCCCAGACUCUGACAGAAGACAAACAUUCAGGUCUUUCUACAGCGACAUCCAUACUGCUUCCAGGCUGAUGGUGUCCAGCAUUGAAAGCUGCUUGGCUCAAGUCCUUCAAAAGGAUGUUGGCCGGCGGCUGCAAGUGGGCCAGGAUGUCAUUGACUUCCUUUUAGAUGAAAACAAGUCCCUGGACUUGGAGGAGGACCAGACGGUUCUGGAUAAGCUGGUGGACGGCAUUGUGAGCUCCUGGGUCAGCUCCAGUAACUUUAAGGUGGCGCUGCUUGGCCUUGACAUGUUGUGUGCCUUGGUGUCAAGGUUGCAGGAGAAGUUCAAAGGUCAUGUGGGAACAGUUCUGCCGAGCCUCAUUGAUCGAUUGGGAGAUGCAAAAGAUCAAGUUCGGGACCAAGACCAAAGUUUGCUGCUGAAGAUCAUGGACCAAGCUGCUUCUCCACAGUUUGUAUGGGACCAGCUGCUGUGGGGGUUUAAACACAAAAACAACAAGACCAGAGAAGGAAUGUGCCUUUGUCUCAUCGCCACACUGAAUACAUUUGGAGGUCAUGGACUGACUUUGAGUAAAAUUGUUCCUCAUGUUUGUAACCUUCUGAGUGACCCCACCUGUCAGGUACGAGAUGGAGCCAUGAGCUGCCUUGUAGAGAUCUACAGACACGUGGGAGAGCGGGUGAGGACGGACCUCAGCAAGAAGGGGUUACCUCAGUCACGGUUGAAUGUAAUCUUCAGUAAACUGGAUGAAGUCCAAAGAUCUGGGAACAUGAUCCUGUCAGCCAGCGAAGACAGGAACUUUGAGGAGGACGCAUCAGUGGAAGGGAAAACGUCUACAUCCUGUAAAGCGCUCUCCACUGGAAAGAAGACAGUUAUGAUCUCAGUCAGAAGAACCAACUCUACUUCUUCUGCAAAAUCUCCUGGUAAAGAAUCCGCUGCUGGAGCUGUUGAUGAAGAAGAUUUUGUUAAAGCCUUUGAGGACGUUCCUUCAGUCCAGAUCAACUCCAGCAGAGAGAUGGAGGACCAGAUGACCAAGGUCAGAGAAGUCCUGUCUGAUGAAAAGCAUGAUUGGGAACAGCGCGUCCAGGCGCUGAAGAAAGUCCGCUCUCUCAUGCUGGCAGGAGCUGCUGAGUAUGAAAGUUUCCCUCAGCAGCUCCGUCUGCUCCAAGCCGCCUUCAAACUGUCUGCUAAGGACCUGCGCUCUCAGGUGGUUCGGGAGGCCUGCAUCACACUGGGACAUUUGUCUUUGCUAUUGGGUAACAAGUUUAACCACGGAGCCGAGAGCAUCAUGCCCACGCUGCUGAGCCUCGUGCCCAACAGCACUAAAGUCAUGGCCACGUCAGGCGUGGCUGCAAUCUGCCUCAUCCUGAGGCACACACACUACCCACGCCUGAUCCCCAUAAUCACCAGCAACUGCAGCUCCAAGUCAGUCGCAGUCCGAAGACGAUGUUUUGAAUUCCUAGAUCUGCUUCUGCAGGAGUGGCACACAAUCACACUGGAGAGACAUGUUCCUGUUCUGGCUGAAACCAUUAGAAGGGGCAUCCACGACGCUGACUCUGAGGCAAGGUCAAUUGCUAGAAAGUGUUACUGGAGUUUCCAUGGCCACCACAGUCGAGAGGCGGAGCAUCUUUUUCAUGGGUUGGAGUCCACGUACCAGAAGGCUCUGCAGUCUCACCUGAAGGGCAGUGUCCUCUCUUUGCCUCAGUCGGACCAGUCCUCUUCCUCUUCCCAGGAGAGUCUAAACCGGCCGCCGCCACAGAGGGGUGAUGUGGGAGGGGCCAUCAGGAGGAGUAGGUUGGAGGGCUCCAGGAUUUCCACGACAACUGGCCCCCUCCAGAGGUCUUGCAGCGACUUCGAUGUAAACACCGUCUCCACGACCAAGCCCCCCCUGUCCCCCUCCUCUGGGGCCUUGCUUCAUACUGCUGGAACCGACCUCCCCCCCGGACCGAGUUUCUCCUCAGGUCAUGUGCCCACACGAAGGCAGAGCUCAGGCAGCGUGGGAGGAGCCAGUGUGACCAUGGGGGACAGCAGGGGCCGAAGCCGGACUAAAGUAGUCUCACAAUCCCAACCUGGCAGUCGCUCCAGCUCUCCAGGAAAACUGCUGACUCAGAGAACUUAUGGUUGCAUCUCUGAACCAACAGCUUUGGUAGCGGGAACACCGGCUUACCGGCGCAGCCGAAUCCCACGGAGUCAGGGCUGCAGCCGAGAAACGAGCCCCAGCCGCUUCGGCCGGAGCCGCAUCCCCCGUCCCAGCUUGAGUCAGGGCUGCAGCUGCAGCUCCAGCCGUGAGAGCAGCCGGAACACCAGCCCAGUACGAACUCUGGCUACCCGGCAUCAUUCCCGUUCCACCAGCUCCCUGUCCAGCGCCGACCUCCAGUCAGACCGCUUUGGGUUGAUUCACCAGGCUCACAUCUCCGCAUCAGUGAAUGCCAUGAGGGUCCUGAACACUGGUACCGAGGUGGAGGCGGCUGUGGCAGACGCACUGCUUCUAGGAGACUCCAGGAAUAAGAGGAGGCCGCUCAGGCGCCGCUACGAGUCUCCAGGAACAUACUCGGAUGACGACGCCACCAGCGACGCCUCGAGCGCCUGCUCGGACCGCUCCUACAGCUCCCGGAGCGGACGCAUCCCUCAUUACCUGCAGCAAACGGAAGACGUGGCGGAAGUCCUGAACCACUGCGCCAGCUCCAACUGGUCUGAAAGGAAGGAGGGCCUGCUGGGUCUGCAGAAACUCCUGAAGAACCAGAGAAUCCUCAGUCGAGUGGAACUGAAGCGAGUUUGUGAGAUUUUCUCCAGGAUGUUUUCGGAUCCUCACAGCAAAGUAAGAGUGUUCAGCAUGUUCCUGGAGACUCUGCUGGAUUUCAUCUCUGUGCACAGAGACGACCUGCAAGACUGGCUCUUCGUCCUCCUCACCCAGCUCCUGAAGAAGAUGGGGGCCGACCUGCUGGGCUCCGUCCACGCCAAAGUCCAGAAAGCUCUGGAUGUCACCAGAGAGUCUUUCCCAGUUGACCUUCAGUUCAACAUUCUCAUGAGGUUCAUCGUUGAUCAAACUCAGACUCCAAACCUGAAGGUGAAGGUGGCGAUCUUGAAGUACAUCGAGUCUCUGGCUCACCACAUGGACCCGGCAGACUUUGUGAACUCUAGUGAGACCCGGCUGGCUGUGUCUCGUAUCAUAACCUGGACCACCGAACCCAAAAGUUCAGAUGUGAGAAAGGCGGCCCAGCUAGUGCUAGUCUUCAUGUUCAACCUCAACACUCCAGAGUUCACCAUGCUGCUUGGAGCCUUACCCAAAACCUUUCAGGACGGUGCCACCAAACUGCUGCACAACCAGCUGAAAAACAGCAGCAGCAACAUGGAGUCUCCAAGCAGGAUGGUCAGCUGGAUGCCAUCACAUCACCCUUCCAACAGAACCGGUCCCCUCAACCCGCCGACUGACUCUUCUCCGUCUCAGAGUUUGUUGGAGAAUGGCACAGAAAACAUGAACCCAGAAAAGAUCAGCAGCUCACUUUGUGGCAGCAUUGAGACCAUUAGGAGCUUCAGCACUCGGAACCAGGAUGAUCUGAACCAACCUGUUCACCAAGAGACCAAGAGAGACGCCACAGCAGCAAGAGAAGUCGUUUCUGCAGGCCCGGAUGUGGUGGAGGGGGGUCGUACUGCCUCAGACAACAAGACCCUCCUGCUGACCAGCCCGUCCCAGCACUCCCUCUCUGUGGGGCGAGGUCGUGAGUUUGGCGUGUGCGCGUACGACAGGAGCGCGCUGAAGGAGGCGGUGUUUGAUGAUGAUGUGGAGCAGUUCAGAGAGUUUGGUCAGGAUCAUUCGGAUUUUGUUGCUGACUUACUGAAGGAACUGUCCAAUCACAACGAGUGCUUUGAGGAACGAAAAGUGGCUUUGGUGGAGUUACUGAAAAUCACAUGGGAGGACAGCGUGGCUGUGUGGGACGAACACUUCAAAACCAUCUUACUGCUUCUGCUGGAGACGCUGGCUGAUAAAGAUCAAACCAUCCGAGCUAUGGCCCUGCGAGUCCUGAAGGAGAUCCUUAGGACCCAACCGGCCCGCUUUAAAAACUACGCCGAGUUGACCAUCAUGAAGACUCUGGAGGCUCACAAAGACUCUCACAAGGAGGUGGUGCGUGCAGCUGAGGAGGCGGCCUCCACGCUGGCCGGAUCCAUCCAUGCCGAGCAGUGCAUCAAGGUGCUGUGCCCCAUCGUGCAGACCGCUGACUACCCCAUCAAUCUUGCUGCCAUCAAGAUGGAGACCAAAGUCAUGGAGCGCAUCUCUAAGGAGUUUCUGCAGCAGCUGCUGCCGGACGUCAUUCCAGGACUCCUGCAGGGAUACGACAACACCGAGAGCAGUGUUCGCAAGGCCAGCGUCUUCUGUUUAGUGGCCAUCUAUUCCGUCAUCGGCGAGGAGCUCAAACCUCACCUGGCGCCGCUUACGGGGAGCAAGAUGAAGCUCCUGAACCUUUACAUCCAGAGAGCCCAGACCACCAACACCAACAGCAGCAGCUGUUCCGACGUUUCCUCUCACACCUGAGGGGGGGGGGGGGGCAGCUUCGCCAGAGUCCACAUAGGAAGAUGACUGACCAUGAUCAUCUGAUCAUCUCCUGCAUCUUCAUCGCUCUGCAGCUCCUCCUCAUCAUCAGAUCAUCCUAAACUGGACAAAGCUUUGGAUGGUUCGAGUCCUGGUGACGGUCCUUCUGGUGAACGUCCUUCUGCACAUUCACACAACAGCCAGCAUGGCUGCACGUCUGAGAUAGUCAUAGCAGUUGGAGUUUGUGUGGUUGUGACGGAGAUGUCUGCAUGUUCACAAACACUCGUUGUGUUUAUUUCAUUGCUCUUCUUGAUAAAACCAGGAAUUUCAGUGAGACUUCUGUUUCAAUAAACCUGAGAUCUGGA